UGUCCUGUCUCGUGAGCUAGCGGUUCCUCUUUCCUAGCACUAAGCUAUGUUAGCCGCGUUUAUCUCCUCGCCAUCCCGUUCCUGCCGUCAUUAGUGUUCUGCUGUAAUUCCCGCCGGAGUCAUGGACACCACGAUGUUUCAGUUGAGGUCGUUUGUUCACCAGCGGCUGUACGCCGCGGCGGAGGAGAUCCUCGGCGAGGUGGAGAAAGCCAUCGCGCUAGCUACCCACGAAGCAGAAGUUAGUCGGUCUAAAGAGGAGGUUGAAAGUCUGCGACAGCAGCUAGACUUCCUGCGAAAGAAGCCAGAGCCUUCAUUGACCAGCAGCAGAGUAAAACACGAAGCCGGAUGUGACGCGCCACUGCUGCGGGAGAACCCGGGACCCUCAAGCCCAGAGGAGGCCCCCUCCAGUCUGGGUGCUGACUUCCCGGGGGCCUCUCAAACCAGUGCGGACCCGGACCAUGACAACUGGAACCACUGCUUGGUCCAGACAGACUUCUCGAUGUCGGACGUUAAAGAAGAGCAAGAGGAACUUGGGGAUGAGAGCGGAAUACUGGAGAUGGGUUUUCCCCCUUCUGAAAUUGUGAGGAGUGAGCAAGAUCACCCAGUGACACGCGCAUCGUAUGAGAUUCUUCCAGUUCCCUCGCAUGGGUCUGCAGCUCAGAUAGAGAACAGUGACAGUGAUGAGGAGUCGGUGAAUAGCAAAGGGGAACGGACCAGAACAAUGACAAGGAAAGAAAAUCCCUUGCGAGGGCAAAGUGUCAGCGCUAAUGAGAUGGACCAAGCGGCAUUAUCCAGCGAUAAAAGUUCCGCUAAUAGUGAAAAGGGUCGCAGUUUUUGCCAUUUUUGUGGCAAGGGAUUCCAAUACAUCGGCUCGUUGAUGAAGCACAUAAAAACACAUGAAAACAACGUGGAUCGCGCCGUGUGUGGGAUGACGGGCUUGUCUUCGAACGAGCUGUCGACUCACGUGAAAGAUUGUCACAACACAACUUAUUUCUGUGACAUUUGUGCCAAGACUUUCUCCAACGUCCGUUGUCUCCGGAUCCAUGAAAGAAUACACACAGGCAAAAAAGAGUUUGUUUGCCAGGAAUGCGACAAGAGAUUUUACCGAAGAGAGCAUCUCAUCGUGCACGUGCGGACCCAUUCCGGGGAGAAACCGUAUCACUGUGACAUUUGUGGGAAAGCGUUCAGUCAGAGCCAAAACCUCACAAUUCAUAAAAGAAGUCAUUCGGGGGAGAAACCGUAUCAAUGCGGCCUGUGUGGUAAACUUUUUAGCACCAGCAGUCAUCUGAAAACACACAUGAGGUACCAUUCGGGAGAAAAACCGUACCCGUGUGAUGUUUGUGGUAAGCGUUUUAGUCAGAGCGGACAGAUGACCAGACAUAGGACCACACAUACGGGCGAGAGGCCAUAUGGCUGCCACGUUUGUGGGAUGAGAUACAGGUUUGCACCCAAUCUAAAGGUGCACCUGCAAACUCAUGAAAAGGCAGCUCCGGAGUAAAACAGAACAGUGAAAGUCGUUGAUCCCUAUAUGUUCAAUUCAUUCAACUUUUGUUACAGUUGUCCAUAAAAUGCAUUUAUCUGGUGAGUGAGGAAACUUUUAGCUCGAAGGGGAACUCCAUUUAAGUUCAUAAUGUCCACAAACUGCGAAAGUGUUUAUACAGGAGGGUUAGAGUUGCAUUGUGGGAAUUGUUGGAGCAUCCGUUUAUGGUGCUUGAUCCCAACUAUCUCUGCUGCUUCAAUUUAGUCUAUUCUCUCACUAAAGUAACUUUUACCCGAGGUGAGUUUCACUCAGGAUUUAUCGAUCACCACGCAGUAUCUCAUGUUAGAAGGCAAAAUGUUUGAGAUCUGGUUCUGUUCACCAUAUUACAUCCAAACAGAUGCACUGAUCACAUGACACAAAUUUAGAGGGAAGUCAAUUAUACAUUUCAAAAACAGGUACAUUAAAGUUUGCUUCACAUGCCAAUUGUUUACUUCUUAAAUAUGAUAAAUGUGAGCAGCAAGUGUGCCAUCUUUGACUUUUGCUAUCUGUUUAAAAUCUACUGAAAAAGAGUGUUACUUAUUAGUAUAAAUAUGUGGAUGCUUAUUCCUCCAAUAAAGGACUUAUGGCCGCAUCA